CUCUCGUGCUGGACAUGGCCAUCCCGUCCCUUCCAUUGCCGCUCGCCUCCCUUGCGACCCCAAAUUCCCCAACUCUCCGCUUCGCACUCUCGAUUCACGCCCACGAUCGCCGCGCGCCUCUCACGUUUCCUCUGUUGUGAUUCUACCUUCAGGUACCCCUCCUCAGGUACCCCUCCUCAGGUGAUGCAGGAGCGGUGUUCACGCGUAGUAGAGCACCAUGGCGGUGAUGGAGUGUGCAUCCCGAGCUACAUUUGUGAUUGGCGCAGCAAAUGGCGCACCAUGUGAUUUUAAAUGGCGCAUGAAUGCCUCCCUCCUGCCUCCUCAUCUAUGUGGUCCAAAAAUUGUUCGCCUUUCAAGUGUCCAUACACCCCGUACGGCAAUUCUGGGCGGAGUGAGAAGCAAUAUCAAGCUUUCAGUAAGAGCACAGGCCCAGUCUCAGUCUGCGAGUGAUGGCGUAGCUGUCGCGGGAGUAACCAAUUUCAAGAGCGUUUUACUACCUAUCAUUAUGGAUCGCAACCCCUAUCUGUCUGAAGCUACCCGCCAGGCGGCCGCCUCCACGACAGCUCUUGCUACAAAAUUUGGGGCCGAGAUCACUGUUGUUGUAAUUGAUGAAGACAGUUCUGAGUCAAAGGAGGAUCACGAUACUCGUAUGAAGAACAUACGAUGGCAUCUAUCAGAAGGUGGCUUUGCAGAGUUCAAGUUGAUGGAAAGGAUUGGAGAGGGUAAGCGGCCUGCAGUCGUGAUCGGAGAGGUGGCAGAUGACAUGAACAUGGACUUGGUAGUGUUAAGCAUGGAUGCUGUCCAUGCUAAACACAUCGAUAGCAAUUUGCUAGCGGAGUUUGUGCCAUGUCCCGUCCUCUUACUACCCCUAUAGAUUCUAGCACAUAGUUUGCGACUUUUUCAUGACGAGGAUGCUCUUACAGCACUACAUUCCAGUUUUUUCAUUGCUCAUGAAAGAAAAGACUGGUGAAAGUGUGGGUAGUUCAAGUUUCCCUAACGUGAUAUAGCCGAUCCAAAUUAGUCGAUCAAACUUGCAUGAUGUCGGCAUUCUGUUUGAUACUGGCAAACUACAUUACUCAAGUAAACUUAGUGACGUGUUUCACCUACAUGUUGAUGAGUA